CAGAAAGCCAAAGCAUCCUCCUUCUUGCAACUCAUCUAUAAACCUGCCCUUUCAUCUUCGGUUUCAGAAGCUUCGCUUUGGCGGUCGAAUCUUCUACCUUUACUACUGAUUCACCUUCCACUUACGACCACACCGAGCAGAGUACUAGGGGGUUGAAAUGGAAGACCAGACUGCCGAGUUGGGCAAAUACAUUGCAAAGUGUCGCAGCAAACGCCACCCCGCCGUCUUCAACACCGAUAAGCAGCCUCUCCUGAAGAAAGGACAGAAGAACCGAGUGCUGGUCUAUGCAGGAUGCUUCAACCCCCCUCACCUCGGCCACUACAACAUUCUCCGGCGCGCCUUUGAGGGGAGCCGAGACAUCAACGUCAUCGCCGCCAUCAUCCUCCCCCUCGACGACAAUUCCCUGGAGGCCAAGUGCAAGAGAAAGGGCCAGAGCCUCGUGCUGUCAAAGUCCGAACGGGCACACCUCUGGCGAUCGGACGCGAGGUUCAUGCCCGAAUGGUGGGUGCACAGCAGCAGCACGGACAGGUGGGACCGGCUGCGGAGGAGACUAGAGAAGGCGGUUGAGGUGGACGGGUUCGAGAUCCAGUUCACCGCCGUCCUCGGGCCGGACUAUGUCGCGCGGUACGAGCGAUACGACGGGUAUUGCUGGGACUGCCACGAAACCAUCACCAGCGACGCCGGCAGAUCGAGCGACCUCCUCAAGCCCGACGGCUCUCUCUUCAAGCUCCGCCCCUACUUCACGCCCUAGGAGGACGUGGAUGUCGCCGGGGAGAGCGUGACGACAGUCAAGACCUGCCAUCUCACAUGGGACAGAAACGUGUGGGUGCGGUUCGUCCCGGCUGACGCCAAGCCUUUGGAUAUCAGCGCAACGGAAAUCCGAGACCUGAUCGAGCGUGACCGGGAAAGCGAUCAUCUUUGCGAGAGCCUGCGAGGGCUGGUCCUGAGCCCCGAGAUCCUGACUGGCAUCGUCCGGCGCCGCGGUGUCUCUGAU